AUCAGUUUCAUUGUAGUAGCCAGCAGAAAGUUGGAGAAGUUUAGGGGUGAUGUGACACCCAGCGCCGGGGUAGCUGCUUCUCUUCCUUCCUCAGAAACUCGCCCUCCGACUCAGGGAAACUUGGCGAAAGUUUUUAAAGAAAGAAAACGGUCUUGGAGAGACAUUUCGAUCAGUGUGUUCCCAGCUCCACAAUGGGGACACACUCACUGGAUCCUGGGAUGGCGGAGAAUACACUGUGUCAAGAGGAGAAGCAGAGCCUUAUCGUCCUAAAGAACGAAACCAAACUGGUCAUGGAAGCCUUCUUACGGAGGAUGAUGAUGUUUGACGAGGCUGCCAACAUUGGACAUGUUGGUCGUUACUACCACGACUCCAAGAAGUUCAUCUCAAAGACCGCCGAUGGCCAGGAUCCUAACAUUGCUGUGAAAUCGCACGUUCGGCGUAAGUUGAAUCAAAAAGGGACUUUGGAACGAGAAAUGGAGGAGAAAAAGAGGAGCCUGAAGCGAACGGAAGGAACUGAGGACAACAUCGAAUGGGAUACAACAGAUGAGGAAAUUGCCCAGGCAGAAGAGAAAAAACAUGCCUUCAGAACGACUAUCAAGAAACUAAUAAAAAGGCAAAGGAAGAAAAAGAGCAACGAUGACUCUGACAAAAAGUCCAAGGAUUCUUUAGAUCUACUCGAUGAUCAUGGACCUGGGAAAUAUGGCAGCAAAGUUGAUUCAAAGAGCAACUCCUUGAAGAGGCAGAAGAGCCCAAAACCUUUAAUAGCCUGCACGGUUGGUUCAAUAGAUUCCGUCACCUCCCACGCAAAGGAAGACACUGCAGAGGAGAGCAGCAAGCAAAGCUCCAAGAAGAGUGGCAGUCAGAAGUUUUUUAAUCUGUUUAGGAAACAAGGGAAAACUGAAGAUUCUUUCUUAGAGAAAGGUCAGGAGCCUGAGCCUUCCACACCACGGCCCAACACGCUGCCUCUAAUGACUGAGCAGUUGAACAACAUGGACAUAGGCAAAAAUGAAAAUGUAGAAUUCUACUCAAAGGUGGCGAAGAAGCUGGAUAAAUUAGCACAGCAGUACUGUGCUCAGACUGUUAUUGACCGAAUGUCCCCAAGCAUUGAAGUUGAUGCACCAGAAAGAGUGAACAAUAAUAUCGCACAGAAUGCAAUGACUGACAAAGAGAAGAUGAUUGAGAAAAUUGUGUUGUUGCUACAACGACAAGGAGAUGGAAUUAACGAGAAGAUAAAGGAAGACCCUCUGCUCCAGCGUACCAUGAGCAGGAUGUCCUACCGGAGCUUUUCACACCUGGUGGAAGUUUUUACAGCCAAUGUUGAAGAGCAACACAAGGGCCCCACCACCAGCCCUGAGCUCACAAAGAUCGCACUGACCAUGGAGCUAACACGGAGAGUGGCUGGGAUCAGCAGCCACCCAGUGCAGCAAUUGAUGGGCUACACCAUGCAGUACAUGGACAUGUUUGUUCCCUGGCUGCAGGAGAAUGGCGGAUGGACGGUGGUGCUACCUCUGGAAGAUGAGUCUGAACAUCAAAUUGACUGACUUCUGCCAAACAAGUGGGAUUAAAAUCAAACCCCAGAGCUUCAAGGAGGGGAGAAUUGGUUUCUCGAUUUGGCUUUUGCCGAGAAGGAAGAAGUAGGGACUACUUUUUAAAUCUAGAAACUGUUCAAUGGGGCAGCAGCCAUCGAACAACUGAUAAGUUAAAGCUGCUGAAAGCUUCUUGAGUAGCUGAAUAUGCUUUCAAGGAACAAAUGAAGGACUCCCAUUCUUUUUUCUGUGACAUUACCUAAAGAGGUAUUUGGUAAAAUCCAUCUAUUUUCAUGUUUACUCGUGUUAAUUGUGACAACAGUUGUACUUUAUACAAGUGAAGUGCUGAUGCAGUCUUUGCCAUCUGUAGGUGCAUAAUUUAACACUCCUUUUCAAAAGAAGCAAUUUUUCCUUUGCUACCUCUCAAAAAGUCCAAAGCUGCCUUGCAGCAAGUUGUCCCAUAACAUAUAACCUUCUAAUUUCUGAUUGUAAAUCUUAUUAGUUUAGAAUACCCUAAAUUUGGCCCUUAAAGGUUGCCAAGGCAAUGCUCAGCUGUUUUCAAAUAAUUAUAUCACAGGUUGAUCAUAGGAAUAGAAAUUUGGCAGCACAGAAGGAGGCUAUUCAGCCCAUCAUGGCUGUGCUGGCGGAGAAGGAGCUAUCCAGCUUAAUCCUGCUUUCCAGCUCUUGGUCCGUAGCCCUAUAGUUUACGGCGCCUCAAGUGCCUAUCUUAAGUAUUUUUUAAAAUAGACAUUUGGGUAGUACAGAACUUGAGUAUUGCUUUGUUCCCUUUGAGAUUUGGUAUUCUUGUGAAUCUGUCCUGAUUAGUGCAAGACGAAAAGCUUCAACAGCCUCUCUUUUCUCAGCAAUAUUUUUCUUAAAAGCGAUGAAGCUUUCUGCCUCUACAGAACAGAUGACGCAAGGAGAGGUAGCUGAGAUUAGGGCUAUAACGUGAGAGGAUCAGAGGUGUCGAACAGAGAGAGAAAAAUAUACUUGUCAAAACGUGAAGCAUGGAAAUCUACCUCACUUUCUCAUCAAUAGAUUUAAUGAGGGAGCAUUAAUUGUCAGAAUUUAAAGGUGUGGGUUUUCAAUUUGGGCCUUUAACCAGCACGUAGCAGCGUUUAUAUUUGGGUUUGAUUAAUAAGCGCUGAUGGUCCAUAACAUGUGUGGACAGCGGUGAAUAAAUCAAACCAGUAAAGUUCUGAAAACUGGGUACUUAGACUGCAUCACCACUCUGCAACUAUUUAUUCAUCUGUUACUGUAUAAAUAUGGAGAAAGGAAGAGAGAUGUGAGGAGACAUUAUGUAGUUUAGUACUGCUACAGUACAGGGUGGAAAGGCAACAUCACAGGUAAACAUCUCCCAUCUAUUCCAAAGCUGGGAUGUUUCACUGUUGUUAAUGGGACAUGUUUAUUUCAAAUGGUUCUUAUUCCUCCAUUGUUUCCACAAUCUUUUCCUUGUGUAUAAGUGUGAAAGAUUUGAUGCGUGCUUGACAGGAGUAUGUUGUAUUCCCAAUGGGGAAGCAGUCACGAAGGUUGACCUCUCAUUUCCUGUCCAUUUGGACGAGCUGUUGAUCCCACAUUGGGACACUGCUACCCAAACUACUGACAUAUGUUUGUUUACUUGUACAGUUCCUUCUUUUACGUGGAAUUUCACUACUUAAUCCUCAGAAAGAGAGUUGGAACAAUUGGGAUGAAUAAUUCUCCCAGGCUGAUUAUCUAAACUUGCUGCAGGAUGUGGUUGGUAGAGAUCACUGGCCCUUCCUGAAAACUGGAGCUGAUGAAUGAUCAGCUAAUACCUCCUUUCACUAUAGCAAUAUUCUGAUUGUUCCAAUUUUAAUACAGUACAAAUGUCAAUGUUGAAGUCUUCCAGAGCAGGACUAAUUCUUGGCUUUUCUACAGUUAUUGCCAGUGAUUUGAUCUGAUCACUAUGGUUACUAGGUGUUAGUGAGUUCUGCACAUGUGCCAUUGGUACUAUGUCCUGAAUUCUGUACAGGCCACCAAGCCAUAGUGCAUCAUAAUCUGCUUUACACUACGAAGACUGUCAACUAAAAAAACCUUCUGGACAGAACAGACUGAUAUUUAUGAGCUGGUACCAAAUAAAGUUAGACAAACCCAUUAAAGGCCAAAGGAACCUUAAUCCUUGAAUUUGACCCAAAAUGAAGGGUGGAGACUUACGACUAUCUACGUUUAGGACUUCUGCAUGUCAGGUUUGGGAUAGUGAGGGUCACACCUGCCAUCUUCUAACAUCUUCAUUCACCCAACUUUUGUUGAAGCAAUUUGCCGAAUUCCAGAAUUUGCUUAAUGCUGAGGUGUGUGAAGGUUUGGUGUGUCCUCAGGAAUUACACCUUUAGCUUGUUCAGUGUGCUUUGAUGUGUUAUCUGGUAAUUGACUUCCAAUUUAUUACCUAAGUUAAGGGAGCAAGUCCACAAUCUUCUGCCUUGGACUCUUAACUUGCUCUGAAGUUGGCUCAAACCUGGAAUUGAUUGGCUCAAGAUUGUUGGAGUUAUUGGGUGAAGAAUAUCAGAAUCUAUUUAAUUCAUUUUCUACCAGCCUGAUAGUCACAGGAUGCAAUGAUAGUGGAGUUAUUGACUAAUCCCAGUGAUCAAUCUCUAUCAAUGAGUCUACAACAGAACCAGACAGGUGAGGAAAACUCCCAGUGGUGGAGAGCUUUGGGAACCAUAAGUCCAAAGUCGUAUGUUCCUCUCAAACUCCACUCACCACACAUCAGGGUUUACCAAUUGUAUUUUUAAGUAGCAUCAACCUUUAUUAAGAACAAAAUUUUUUGGAUAUUUUGAAAAUGUGCCUUAUUGCAAAAGUUUUUAAAACAUUUUUAAAGUUGUUUUAGACCCAGCAGUCAUAUUUUAAUGGUUGCGUGGAUUCCAGAAUUGUGACAGCCACUAAGAAUGAGUGCACAGAAAGAUCCCAUAUGUGUCAGCUGGGCGAUUACUGCCACAGAAUCAAAGUUAGAUGAACUUGAAAGUUAAGAUUUGAAAAGGACAAGGUGCUUAACCCAGCACUUGUAAUCUUUGGGAAGAAAGAGGGGUUUGUCACUGAGUGAAGAGAAGCAAUGACUGGACUAUGUCAUCAUGUGUACCCAUUGAAAAUGUGUAGUCUUGUAUCCCAGAUGUUCCGACGUCACAAAAUUCUUUGGAAUCCUUGCUUUCUGAUUCCUGUGCCCAUUGUUUGCAGGUAUGAAUAACUACCAACUAGCGAGGCCUUUUCCCCCACCCGCAUCUCCAAAACGAACCCCUUAACCAUAGCUGGCAAGUACCAGCCUUCACUCCAAAGACCACUCCUUACCCCGAUUGGCCCAUACCAGCUGCUCCUUCCUGCUGCCCUGAUCGUAGCUAAGAGCUCAAUAUCUGAGGGAUCUCUUUGGUCAUUUGUGCUGCUGGGUGCAGAACUCUUUUUUUUCACUUGUAAAGCACUUUGAAGCAAGCAGAGAUUCACCCCGUCCCCCAUAAACGGGUUGCAAAGAGUCAUGUAUCAGGACACAAGGGAAAUGAUGUAACCAGAAAUAUCUCCUGUCCUUUAUAUGCUACAUCCUUUGUCCUACCCACAGUGCAGUGUAAGUCUGGGACUUGCUAUGGGCAUUCAGAAGUAUAUCUCCAAAGUGCUAUUGAAGGACCUGCAGAAACAUUGUCUCCUCUUGGCAAUAACCUGGCAAAGCCAUUGGUCUGUGUUAAUUUAGCUGCUAUCAACUAAAGGUGCUUCUGGGGGGUACUACAACUGACCCCCUGCUCCCUUGGGCUGAGAAGGGUGGAAGAAUUGUCUAGUUCUUGGUCACUGUCCAGGUCUCCCCACUGGAAACUGAAUGUGCUAAUAUUGAGUGAGGACAGGAAUAAUCUUGGCAGUAACGCCUGCUGCAGCCGAACAGCCUCUGAGACUUGCACUUGAAGAUCUGGUGCGGUACAAGAUGGGGGGUAUGGAGGGAGGCUGUAGUUUGUGCUGGUGGAUCAUAUUGCAGAAUGAAUUGGCGCACGGUUUUCAAAGCUGGCUUAAGGCAAGAAGCAUCAGUAAAUACUGUAUAAGUUUUAUUUUGUAGGGCUUUGAAUUCUGCACCAUGGUGUGUUCUGUAUACUUGAUCUUAGUGUAAGCAGAUAAGUAUAUAUAUUUUAUAUAUAAUGCCUUGUGCAUUUAAUGCAUUUAUUUUGUUAAAUGUGAAAUUGUGAAUUUUUUAAAAAAUGUUUUGUAUUGUUUUUUAUGAAGUCUUAGACUUUAAGCUGUGAGGCUACAGGGGUUGCUGAGUCUUCUCCUGAUCCUCUGUGGCGUGCAUUUUCUACUUUUGUAAGCCAGUCUUAUUCUGAAUGUUUUACAGGAGACAGAGAUCUCAAUCACCAAAUCAUUCUGUUUUAUUGCACACAUCAUUUGACUGGCCCUGCAUGAAGUGGGAAUGAUGCAAAUCUAUUAGUUCUCAAGUGGAGAAAACCACCUGUACACCUUUUAAAAAAUCUCCAAGUAGCUCACUGACUUAGACAAUACCACAUGGUGUGAAAACGAGAUUCAGAAGAUCUCGUGUUCAACCUCCUGGCAUGUCUUGGGUCAACCAGGUGUAGCCGAGAUAGUGUUGUGGCACUGCAAAUAACCUCUGUCGUUGGGCUGGGGAAAGGGAGAGGGAUGGGAAAGAAACCGGCAAGUUUUCCCAUUCCAUAACCGGUGCUGAAAAAGAAAAUUAACACUAUACUUGUUGGUGAGUGAUGAUUGGCUGUGAGGCUUCCUGUAGUUGAAUGGCCUGCCAACAUUUGGCCAUCUAGACUCUUGUAAGUUAGCUGCUUGUUGGUUCAGGGUAUCCAGGUGUAUGGAUCAAUUGCGGGUAAAUGGAGUUGAAAUACAAAUCAGCCAUGGCCUAAUUGAAUGGCGGAACAGGCUUGAGGGGCUGAAUGGCCUCCUCCGGUUCUUAAGCUUCUGAAGAAUGGUCACUUUAGUAAAGGUCUCCCUGUGCCUGUGGAAGCCAGCCCCCCAGCAUGAGUCAGCCCUUCAGUAAGUUCUAGAAAUGAGAAGCAUGGAAAACCUGGGCAAGGGAAAAUGGAUGAAAACAAAAAACUGCGGAUGCUGGAAAGCAAAACAAAAACAGAAUUACCUGGAAAAACUCAGCAGGUCUGGCAGCAUCGGCGG